AUGAGUGCCAUUGUUACAGCUGUAUUGAAAGCCACUGUAGGCUUGCUUCUAAAAAAAGGUCGAGAUUGUCUGGCGAAAAAGCUACAAGAAGGUGACGUGACAGAUGAACAAUUUCGCAAUAUUAUUGUCCGUGAACUGGACGACAUCAAGUCAAAGCUGGAUGGAUUGGUACGAAAGGAUCUUUUGACAAGCAUCAGCUUUUUUAAGGAAGGAAUUGUGUUUCUGUCUAAAGUCCUGGAUGAAAAGUAUUAUGCAAACUGUGGACCGGAGUCGAGCAAAGUUAAAACCAGAAAUGAAGCUGCGGAGAAGGACAAAUCUACAGAGUGGUUAGACUUGCCUUCAGCUGACGUGAAAACAGUUUCACUUUCGGUUAAGGGACAAGAAACCUUAUUCGCCGAGUUGGAUGAAUCUGGAAAGAGAGCCCUUGCUGACGCAAAGAAGAGAUUUGACGAGGCUAGAAUGAAAGCAACGGAGGCUUUCAAUAAUGUUGCUCUGAGCACAAAAGAUCGCAUUUUAGCCAUGCAGUAUCGGGUUAUGUCAACAAUAUUAGAGAAAAUAGACAGCCCAGCAGAGGCAAUAGCGACAUGUAAAUUGUGCCUAGAAGAGUUACACUCCAUGCCCGCGGUGGUAAAGAGCUUUGAAGUUGAACAUUCCGGGGGAUUUUGGUCAAUGUUUAAAAAAGAUGAACGAAAAGACAUAACUAAUUCAGUACAAGACGUGAAUCGUGCGGUAGCCAGAGUGACGGCAGCGGUCGACGGAGUUCUUAGCAAACAAUUCGACAACUGGCCGGGGGUCACGGAAAAGAAAAUAAACCUUAUUAAAGAUGACGAUAAGGUAGAGACCUGGUCGUUUUCAUUUGGACAUAAAGGAAAGGGAAAGCAGAGAUUAGACUGCCCAACGCAAAGCAUCGCAACUAACAGUCAAGGCGACUUUAUAAUAGCAGAAAGUUCUUUUUCCAACCUUAAAGUAUUUAACCAAGACGGAAAGUUGUGGAAGUUGCUUACACCUGAUCCCGCAUUUUCGCUCCACGGACCCAUUGUGGAUGUGGUUACUGAUCAUUUAGACAACGUCUACGUACUUUUCAAGUCAGAAGUGCACGUGAUUUAUUCACAACCUCCCAUGCACCGCACGUUUUAUUUGAAGGAGUGGGACAUGUACAAGGGUUUAUCCCUGACAGUAAAUAAAAAGGGAGAUAUUUUUGCAUUGGUCGAAUACGAUACGGGUAGCGGUUACUAUGACUCCAUUGUCCAAGUGUAUGAUAACAACGGCCAGUUUAAGUACACUCUUGAUAAAAAGGAAGAUUGGAGGACUUGGAAGUGCAUCAUUGCCGUCGAUGACGGUUUUAUUUUACAGCGUCGAUUUCUGCCCUCUGGUAUUGACUUUUUAGAUGCACUGGGGAAAUUCCGUCGGCGUAUAUACCUCCCUUUUGAUGUAAUGGCAGUACACUAUCCAACCAAACACCUGAUCACUGCUCGAAGUUGUUACAAUAGUCUGAAAAUUACUGUACACGAAACAAAUGGCGACUUUGUACGCAAUAUUUUUGUCGAGAAAAAUGAUACAGUCAUCAUAUCUGGAAUGGCAGUGACCCCAGAGGGACGAAUUGCUGUACUUUGCAGAACCACGGAAUACUCCGAGGAUGGCGAAACACUUCAGUCAGUGGUACAUGUUCUGUAA